CGCGAUUUCAAUUGCGACGACCGACAACAUCGCUGUAACCCCCAAUCCGCAACAAUGUCUAAAUCCAGAGCUGUCACGAAGGCCUUUGGUGGCUCAGUCCCGGUGGACCCUGAGCAGACUCUAAAAGCCUGCAAAGCGCUCGUCGCGCACAUUAAGAAGGCGGCCACGACGCCGCGCGACGACGGCAAGCAGAACCUACUCGCGGACGAGGAGUCAACAAUCGCCGAGACACCUGUCUGGCUCACCCUUACGACGAAGAAGCACAUCCAUGAUUCACAUCGCCUUCAACCAGGGAAAAUAGUUCUCCCAAACCCACUAAACACCAGCGAAGAGCUCAGCGUCUGCUUGAUAACGGCCGACCCACAGCGGUGGUACAAGAAUGCCGUCGCCGACGAAUUCCCAGAGGAUUUACGGGCCAAGAUCGGCAGAGUCAUUGACAUCAGCCACCUGAGGGCGAAGUUCAAGGCGUACGAGGCCCAGCGGAAGCUCUUUAGCGAGCACAACGUCUUUCUCGCCGAUGAUCGGAUCAUCAACCGCCUACCCAAGGCUCUCGGAAAGAGCUUCUACAAGACGACGACAAAACGGCCGAUUCCGGUCGUUCUGAUGGCGCCCCGGCAGAAGGUUGACGGAAAGCGGGUACCGGCUCCAAAGGGCAAGAAACAGAAGCGCGACCCUGCUGAGAACGUCAAUGCCCGGCCGAUUCCCGAGAUUGUGGCUGAGGUGCAAAAGGCCAUCGGCGCAGCGCUUGUUCACCUCAGCCCAUCCACUAACACGGCAGUCAAGGUCGGAUACGCCAGCUGGGAGCCGGAGAAGCUGGCAGCCAACAUCGACACGGUGGUGCGCGAGAUGGUGGACCGGUUCGUCCCGCAAAAGUGGCAGAACGUGCGCAACAUCUACGUCAAGGGGCCCGAGACGGCCGCUUUGCCCAUCUACCAGACAAGCGAGCUUUGGCUGGACGAGUCCAAGAUCGUCCCCGACGGCCAGCAGCCGCCAGGCGCCCUUCCGGGCAAGAAUCGCGGGGAGAAGCCCAACAUUGGCAAGAAGCGGAAGUCACUUGAGGCUGAAGCCGAGCCGCCGGCGGCGGAGCCUGUGACGGAUGAGCGGCCGAAGAAAAAGCCGAAGAAGGCUUUGCCGGAAAGCAACGAUGAGACGCUUGACAAGGAGAUUGCGGAACGGAAGGACAAACUGAAGAAGCAGAAGGCUGCGGCGAAGAAGAAGGUCGAUGUCUAAGGAUCAUUUGGCAGGCUCUGGAGGCAUGAUCACCACGGGCGUUUCUUUCUGCUUGUCUGUCGAGCUCGGCUUUGCGUCAUGGCUGGAGUUUCGGAGUCUGGGAGAGGAAAAGUCGGGGUUGAUAUUCAGGUCUAAUACUGGUCAUUUGAUAAAGUUAUCCUGCCUGUCUUUUGCCUAUGCUUUGAAUCACUAAACCAGAUUCGUCCACGCAGAUAAAUCAUUCCGCGUACGGCGUCUUGGGGGGUUAUGACGGCGCGGACCGAAACAUAUUUGGUCAUUUCUGCGCCCAU